AUGGAUUCCAAAAAUCACCCGGCUCUUGCCGUCUCUAAUAUCAAAACACAUAUCCCCAUCACGCUUGAACAGGAUUCCGCACAAUAUACAACUUGGUCCACUCUAUUCCAAGUUCAGUGCAGGAUUUUUGAAGUUGCUGAUCACCUCAGCCCACCGCCGGCCGCCGCCUCCUCUUCCUCUGCAGACUCAGAAAAGAAAGCCGAUGAUUCAGCCGAUAAGGCCCUCUGGCAGCGCAUCGAUGCAGUUGUUCUUCAGUGGAUUUACGCCACCAUCUCCCCCGCUCUUCUCCACGUUAUUCUCUCUCCCGGGCAAACGGCAUAUGAAGCAUGGACAGCCGUGCAAAAUCAGUUUAAUGAUAACAAGACCACUCGAGCGGUGUUUCUCGGUCAAGAAUUUGCUCAUCUCAGCCUUGACGGUUUUUCCUCUAUGGCUGAGUACUGCCAACGGGCGAAACACCUCGCUGAUCAACUUAAGGCAGUCGGUUCCCCUGUUGAUGACAACAUGCUGGUCAUUAAGAUCUUAACAGGCCUCACAGAACAGUACGACAGUAUCUCAACAGUAUUACAGAAUCGCGACCCGCUUCCUGAUUUUAAUGAGGUACGAUCACGUCUCACCAUGGAAGAAGACAAGAAGAAGCGUCAAACCGCCCGCGCGGCCCAGCUUUCCGCUACUGCCCUCGCAGCCUCUGUCUCCUCACCCUCACAGAAUUCACAUCAGCAACCUAGUUUCUAUCCGGCUUCGGAUCGCGGUCGUGGUCGCUCACGCGGUCGCGGUCGUGGUCGUGGUCGAAACUACAACAACCGCAACUAUUCCAGUCGUGGCCAGCAACCUAAUACUCCAACUCAUCCCUACAUCGUGUUCCCGAGUAAUUGGACCGCCAACCAAUGGGCCUCACUUUUACAUGGUUCUAACUCUGCAUCGUCCCCGACUAUACCGCCGUGCCCAUAUCCCUCCAAACCAAACACUGUUGGUCCAAACUCAUAG